GGCAAAUUUUCGAGGUAGAUCAGCAUCAUUCAUAUCACACAAGUGCUGUUUGUUUUAACAGUUAGCGGCUGACAAAUUCUGGUAAGCUUUACAUGCUGAAGAGACCGCAUCUUAAUGUUUCAGAACUCAUUAAAGGGAUUUUUUUUUCAAUUAACUUCAGUGAACCUAGGCUACCGAGCUAGCUACCUAGCCAUUUAGAGUUUUUUUUAUUUAUUUUUUAUAGUCAGCCGAGUUUGGAAGAGAUUGCUGAAAACACCUGUUACUAAAUCUGCAUGUAGAGAGCUGAUGUCGAUGUAAAUAACUAAAUAACAUUUUAUACCACUGCAAAUCCAAUAUAAUUUAUAUUGGGUUUCAUUAAUUUGCUUAAUGAAACUGUCGACUGAGCAACCUCGACUACGAAAGCGCACAGAUUAAGCUGGUCACCGGGCUUUUUACUUCAAAACCUGGAUGCUGUCAUACAGGCAACAUGGAUGGAAAAGAAUUUGCUUUGGCGAGAUCUUUGGGCGAAUCUAAAUGGCUGCUUUCUUUCCGUGGAAUCUAAACCAAUCUUGAAACACUGCUCUUUUAAAAUACAUCUGGUUGGUCUUGGUUCUCUCGCGCUUCGUGUUGCCAUCUCUCCAUCUUUGACAGAAGGGAGAUACGCAUUUGAUUAAACAUGGGGAAAGAGGAAUGCAAAACCAUGCUGGACGCGCUUAACAAAGUAACCGCUUGCUAUCGACAUUUGGUCAUCACUCUCGGGAGCACCUCGGAUUCGCAGAACCUGCGAGAAGAGCUGAAGAAGACCCGCAAAAAAGCCCAGGAACUGGCCACGGCCAAUAGAACCAAACUGACGGCUCUGCUCAAAGACAAGACGAUAAGCAAAGACGACCGAACCGAAUACGAGCGACUAUGGGUGCUGUUUUCGAGCAGCAUGGAGCUGUUGGACGUAGACAUGAAAAGAUCUUUGGAAAUUGGGCAGGAUUUCCCAUUACAGUUGCCCACCAGGCACCUGAUCCAGACUGGGAUGACCGGCAGCACCACCACCGUCGCCGCCAGAGCGAUGAGCGUGCAGAACAUGAAGUACGAGGCCGACAGCAACAUCGACACGGCGGAUCUGCGGGAGCUGCAAACCGAGAUCACCCAGGUGGGUCAGAUGAUGGAGGAGAUGGAGAUGAAAGUCCAAGUUGCACCGUGGGCAGUAGAAGCCAAGCAGGAGGCCGGCGCCGAGUUGAAGUCCACAGUUAGUGUCGGAAAUUCGUCCGUGGGGGUAAUUUCCAUUUGCGAAGAGGAGCCCAAAGGGGUCGACGGCGAGAAUGGCCUCAUGAAAGUUUUCGCAGGGAUCAUCUUCACGGUUAUCGUGCUUAUUGCGGGUAUCCUAGCGUUUUGUGUGAUUAACCUUUCUUGAACUGGAUCGACACACGACCUAUGUAAAGUUCGCCCUGGUGGGACACCAGUGGUAGCCUAAAUUUGUGUUCUCCGGGGAUCAAUUUUGUGAAGAACAAGAAAAAGCAACCCUCUUUCGGAAUCAACGGAAUUUGCGGUUCUUCGCUUUUAAGGAUAAUUGUAAAAAAUAUUUGGGCAGAACAAGAGGAGACUAGAAAGUCGAGAGAACAAGCAAGCAAACUAUGCCUCGCAUGUAUGUCAGCAACUUUCAUGCAGGUAGUAUUGCAUUUGUAGUGUAAUAUUGUGUGUCAAAAGUGUUGUGAGGGACCAAUGUUAAUGGUAAAACAACGUAAAUAGCGCACAAUUCAAAAUGGGUUAGACCAAAUACAUAUUUAUUAUUUUCCGGACAAAAUCCCAGAUAAUUUGAUAUCUGGCUGCAUUAAGUGCGGGUUCAUGUUAACUCGUGGUCCGGUGCAAGUGGUGAAUAGUAUUCUCACUUGCUAGUUUACCUUCUUUGUUAGGGAUAGCCUUUCAAAAAGGAAAUAAUUAUCAUUCAUUGUGAUACAUUCUGUUGUCACUGUACGAACUUGAAAUUAGCUAGCCUAUAUGUUGCAGCUGUUAUCCAUAACUUACAUAUUUACUAAUGUUUCAGACCAAAUUAUUCUUACUCAGAUUUCUUUUUUUAUUAUAAAUUUUACAAGUAUUACGGUAACGGUUUACAGACUGUCCUCACACCGAUGACUGUGUGUAUAGUAUUGUUGUGUGCAUAAAUUGUGCACCACGUUUGUGCUUAUGGAUGGUUGAGAUGCAUAGAGGAUCUGUAGGCUACACAAUAUAGCCUACACUAUACGACUGUGUUCAUAGUGUACAUACAAUGAAUUAUAUUUAUUAUAAUAAACAAAUGUUUAAUGACAAAUUGAAA